AGUUCUCCUGCCUCAGCCUCCCGAGUAGCUGGAAUUACAGGCGUGCACCACCAUGCCUAGCUAAUUUUUGUAUUUUUAGUAGAGACGGGAUUUCACCAUGUUAGUCAGGCUGGUCUGGAACUCCUGACCUCAUGAUCCACCAAUCUAGGCCUCCCAAAGUGCUGGGAUUACAGGUGUGAGCCACCGCACCCGGCCUUCUUUGAGUCUCUUAGCUCAGUCUCAUUAGGCAGAACUGAGUCUCACCUUCGCAUAGAUCCGACACACUUCCUAAGCCCCACUGGGAUCAGCGAUGCCUGGAGGCAGCGGGUAGGAACGUUCCCAGCUGUAGCUGCACCCUGAUGGCCUCCGGUAUGUUUGACAAAGGGAAUGAUAAUGCUGUCUACUUACGGGGCUGUUAAGAGAAGGAUCUUGCAUGAAACGCAUUGAGCAGUAGGACUUUUACACAUUAGCAUUCAAAUAAUGCUAAAGAGGGUGGAGAGAAGAAUGGCAGCUGUGGGUGGAUGAAGGGGGUGAGGUUGAAGAUGGGCAGCCGGUGCACAGGAGUCAAUGAUGCGGGUAACAGGGCCUUGGGAGACACCUGGAGAUUCUAACGCCUGCCCUUUGUGGCAGUCACACCUGAGGAGUUAAAAACGAACCUAAACAAUUGCCCUCUGGGUCUAGCCCUCAUUAUCCAUGACAGCCAAUGAAAAGGGAGAGAUUCCGUGGCCAGUCAGAGAGCCGCCCUGGCUUUUUAAUGCUCGGUGUCCACAGCUGCUCUUUGAUGAGUGCCAGCCGGGAGGACCUGGGUCUGGGUUGGGUAUCAUUCAUUCUCUAUUUUUGAGGAUCUUUAUUUUCCUUCUGGAGACACCGGAGCCCGCAGUCCUGGGACGAGAUGGCAGAAUCUUUUUUUUCGGAUUUCGGCUUGUUGUGGUAUCUGAAGGAGCUCAGAAAAGAAGAGUUUUGGAAAUUUAAGGAGCUCCUGAAACAAGCAGCUUUGAAAUUGGAACAGAAGCCGAUCCCCUGGACUGAGCUGAAAAAGGCUUCCAAGGAAGACGUAGCGAAGCUGCUGGACACACACUACCCAGGAAAACGGGCGUGGGAGGUGACGCUGGACCUGUUCCUACAGAUCGGUCGGGAAGAUCUCCGGACGAAGGCUCAGGAAGAGAUGCGUAAGCUAAACCCAUAUAGAAAACAAAUAAAGGAAAAGUUUCAACUCAUAUGGGAAAAGGAAACGUGUCUUCAGGUCCCCGAGCAUUUCUACAAGGAAAGCAUGAAACACGAGUGCACGGUGCUGAACAAGGCAUAUGCUGCUGCGGCCGCGCCGGUCACUGUGGUCGUGGAGGGUCCUGACGGAAUCGGAAAGACGACCCUUUUGAGAAAAGUGAUGUUGGACUGGGCAGAGGGGAACUUAUGGAAGGACAGGUUCACCUUUGUGUUUUUCCUCACGGUCUAUGAAAUGAACAGUGUCACAGAGACCAGCUUACCCGAGCUCCUCUCCAGGGACUGGCCUGAGUCCUCAGAGAAGAUGGAAGACAUUCUUUCCCAGCCAGAGCGAAUUCUCUUGAUCAUGGACGGCUUUGAGCAGCUGAGGCUUGACUUGGACCAGGAGGCCGACCUGUGUGGUGACUGGAGGCAGCGGCUGCCGUUGCCCGUUAUCCUGAGCAGUUUGCUGCAGAGGAAGAUGCUUCCGGAGUGCUCCCUGCUGCUCGCGUUAGGACAGGUGGGUAUGCGGAAGAACUACUUUUUGCUGCAGCGUCCCAAACUCAUCAAGCUCUCGGGUUUCACUGAACCUGAGAGGAAGAUGUAUUUCUCCUGCUUCUUUGGCGAGAAGAGUAAAGCCUCAAAAGUCUUUAAUUUUGUCAGAGAGAUUGGACCGCUGUUUAUCUUGUGCCAUAAUCCCUUUAUAUGCUGGUUGGUCUGUACUUGCAUGAAAUACAGGCUAGAGAGGGGAGAAGACCUUGAAAUAAACUCCCAAAACACCACCUCCUUACAUGCAUCCUUUAUAACCAACGUAUUCAAGGCGGGAAGUCAGAGUUCCCCACCUAAGUUGAACAGAGCCCGACUGAAAAACCUGAGCGCUUUGGCUGCAGAGGGACUGUGGACACACACGUUCGUAUUUUGCCGUGAGGAUCUCCGGAGGAACGGGUUGUCUGAGUCCGAGGGCUGGAUGUGGGUGGGCAUGAACCUCCUGCGGAGGUCAGGUGACCGUUUCACCUUCAGCCACGUGUGCAUCCAAGAGUUCUGUGCUGCCAUGUUCUAUUUGCUCAGGGGACCCAAAGACAGUCCCAACCCGGCCGUCGGAAGCGUAACCCAGCUUGUGAGAGCGAGCGUGGCUCGACCUCAGAACGUCCUGACCCAGAUGGGGGUGUUUGUGUUUGGAGUUUCCUCGGAAGAGAUCGCUGGCAUGCUGGAGGCAUCCUUCGGUUUUCCGCUGUCCAAAGACCUCCAGCAGGAAAUAGCCCAGUGCCUUCGAGGUUUCAGUCAGCGUGAAGCCGACAGGGAAGCCAUAGGUUUCCAGGAGUUAUUCAGCUGUUUAUUUGAAACUCAGGAGGAAGCAUUUGUCACACGAGUGAUGAGUUUCUUCGAAGAAGUGUACGUUUAUAUCGCGAACAUAGAACACCUGGUGAUCGCGUCCUUCUGCGUGAAGCGCAGUCACAACCUCACCACCCUUCGCCUGUGUAUGGAGAACAUCUUUCCCGACGACUCGGGAUGUGCCUCAGAACACAAUGAGAAGCUCAUGUACUGGCGGGAGCUUUGCUCAAUGUUCAGUAACAACAAGAACUUCCAGGUGUUAGACGUGGAGAACACCAGCUUCGACGACGCCUCCCUGGCCGUUCUUUGCAAAGCGCUGGCUCGGCCCGUUUGUAAACUCCAAAAACUCAUGCUUACUUUUAUGUCUAACUUUGGACAGGAUUCAGGAUUGUUUAGGGCUGUUCUUCACAACCCUCACCUGAAAAUGCUGAGCCUGUAUGGCACUAGCCUCUGCCACAGCGAAGUCAAGUACCUGUGUGAGACUCUGAAGCACCCAGUGUGUAAGAUACAGGAGCUGAUACUGGGAAAGUGUGACCUCUCCCACGAAGCUUGUGAAGACAUCGCCUCUGUCCUGGCCUGCAACACCAAGCUGAAACUUCUCUCCUUGGUAGAAAACCCCUUGAGGGAUGAAGGCAUGCUGUUUCUGUGUGAAGGCCUGAAGCACCCCAACUGUGCCCUGGAGAAGCUGAUGUUGAUGUACUGCUGUCUCACCUGUGUGUCCUGUGAGGCCAUUUCCGAAGGGCUUGCGCGCAGUAAAUCCCUGUCCCUCCUCGAUCUGGGGUCCAAUCAUCUGGAAGACAGCGCGGUGGCCUUGCUGUGCGAAGCGCUGAAGCACCCGGACUGUAGCAUACGGGAGCUGUGGUUGAUGGCCUGUUUCCUCACUUCCGAUUCCUGUAAGGACAUCGCUGAUACCCUCAUCUGCAAUGAAAAACUGAAGAUCCUGAAACUUGGGCAUAAUGAGAUAGGAGACGCUGGUGUCAGACAGUUAUGUGAAGCUUUGAAGCAUCCUAACUGUAAAUUAGAGUGUCUUGGGCUGCAAACAUGUCGGAUCACCCACGCCUGCUGUGAAGACCUCGCCGCGGCACUGAUCGCCAGCAAAACGCUGAGGAGCCUGAACCUUGACUGGAUCACCUUGGACCCCGAGGGGGUGGUGUUGCUGUGUGAGGCUCUGAGCCACCCGGACUGUGCCCUGCAGAUGCUGGGGCUGCAGAAAUCCGCCUUUGAUGAAGAAUCUCAGAAGAUGCUGACGGCUCUGGAAGAAAAAUGUCCCCACCUGAGCAUUGCACAUGAACCUUGGGUUGACGAGGAAUACAGGAUCAGGGGUGUGAUCCCCUGAUGGAGCACGCCCUGAAGUAGUCUUCUCACAAAGGCUCUCCUCGAUCACCACGGGCACUUCUCCCUGUAACUGCAUGUCCUGGCAGCAGGGCUGUGACUUCAGGGCUGUUCCCUGACAGGUUCUAGCAGGAUGAUUACGGAGUGUGCUUCAGUAGGUGUGUGCUGAUUGUCUUGGCCUAGGUCCUAUAUUCCCUUAUCUUUAGAAAUCCUGUCCUACUGUGUGAUACUUAGAAAAACAAGUACAUUAAAUGAGUGCUAGAGGCUCUGGAGAGCACGGCUUUAUUUUCUUAGCGGUGUCCUGGUGUGGAGGACCACGGAUCUGCAAGCACCACCAUCCUGAUUCUUCUGACGUAGAAGCCACGCUACAAUGUGUCUAUAGAUUGUAUUGCGAGCACCCGAACUUUCUAGUUUGUCCAGAUUUAGAUUUGAUCAGUUUUCUU